AUGCAUGUCCGUGGCUAUCUCGCCCAACUUGAGCAGACGCGUAGGGAUCUUCGUGCACACCGUCUCACCAGGCCUGAUGAUAUCAAACAGAGAAUAACUGAUUUGCGAUCCAAAGUUGACCAGGCUACUGUAAACGUACAAGAGAGGGCCAGAAAAGAAGCUGCUGCCCAACAAGCAGCUCAGCAGGCUGCCAUCGAAAUGGAGCGACAAAAGAAAAUGCGAGAGCGAGAACUGUCUGUUAAAACCGAAGAAGAGAAGCAGCAAAAGGCUUUGAUGGAGAUGGAGAAAAGAAGGGUCAGCGCAUUGCUAGAUCGGUACUUUAUUAUGUAA